AUGGCAGCCUCCGAGCUCUACACGAAGUAUGCCAGGGUUUGGAUCCCUGAUCCAGAGGAGGUCUGGAAGUCAGCAGAACUUCUCAAAGAUUAUAAACCUGGAGAUAAAGUCCUCCAGCUUCGACUUGAGGAGGGCAAGGACCUCGAGUAUUGCCUCGAUCCGAAGACGAAGGAGCUCCCGCCCCUGCGGAACCCUGACAUCCUCGUGGGUGAAAAUGACCUGACAGCUCUCAGUUAUCUGCAUGAGCCUGCUGUCCUGCACAACCUCAAAGUUCGCUUUAUAGACUCUAAACUCAUCUAUACCUAUUGUGGUAUUGUUCUAGUGGCCAUAAAUCCUUAUGAACAGCUGCCUAUCUAUGGCGAAGAUAUCAUCAAUGCCUACAGUGGCCAAAAUAUGGGGGAUAUGGAUCCACAUAUCUUUGCAGUGGCUGAAGAAGCAUACAAGCAGAUGGCCAGAGAUGAGCGAAAUCAGUCAAUCAUUGUCAGUGGGGAAUCUGGAGCUGGGAAGACUGUCUCUGCCAAGUAUGCCAUGAGGUACUUUGCCACGGUCAGUGGAUCUGCCAGUGAAGCCAAUGUUGAGGAGAAGGUCUUGGCCUCCAACCCCAUCAUGGAGUCUAUUGGAAAUGCCAAAACUACCAGGAACGACAACAGCAGUCGCUUUGGGAAAUACAUUGAAAUUGGUUUCGAUAAGAGGUAUCGAAUCAUUGGUGCUAACAUGAGAACUUACCUCUUGGAAAAAUCAAGAGUGGUGUUUCAGGCAGAAGAAGAGAGAAAUUACCACAUCUUUUACCAGCUUUGUGCCUCUGCAGCACUGCCUGAGUUUAAAACUCUGCGAUUAGGGAAUGCAAAUUACUUUCACUAUACGAAGCAAGGUGGAAGCCCUGUGAUUGAUGGUGUGGAUGAUGCCAAGGAAAUGGCGAACACCAGGCAGGCCUGCACUUUGCUAGGGAUUAGUGAUUCGUACCAGAUGGGAAUUUUUAGAAUCCUUGCUGGCAUCCUUCACUUGGGCAACGUGGAGUUUGCAUCUCGGGAUUCUGACAGCUGCACUGUUCCUCCCAAGCAUGAGCCCCUCACCAUCUUCUGUGACCUCAUGGGUGUGGAGUAUGAGGAGAUGGCCCACUGGCUUUGCCAUAGGAAGCUCGCCACUGCCACUGAAACCUACAUCAAGCCAAUUUCCAAACUUCAUGCCAUCAAUGCCAGAGAUGCACUUGCCAAACAUAUCUAUGCUAAUCUCUUUAACUGGAUUGUAGAUCAUGUGAACAAAGCCCUUCACGCUACUGUAAAACAGCAUUCUUUCAUCGGGGUAUUGGACAUCUAUGGAUUUGAAACAUUCGAAAUCAACAGCUUUGAACAGUUCUGUAUCAACUAUGCCAAUGAAAAACUGCAGCAGCAGUUCAAUAUGCAUGUCUUUAAGCUGGAACAAGAAGAAUAUAUGAAGGAACAAAUACCGUGGACCUUGAUUGAUUUCUACGACAAUCAGCCUUGUAUCAACCUCAUAGAGGCCAAAAUGGGAGUUCUGGAUCUGUUGGAUGAGGAGUGCAAGAUGCCAAAAGGCUCAGAUGACUCUUGGGCCCAAAAACUGUACAAUACUCAUUUGAAUAAAUGUGCUCUCUUUGAAAAACCACGUAUGUCAAACAAGGCCUUUAUCAUCAAGCACUUUGCUGACAAGGUGGAAUAUCAAUGUGAAGGCUUUUUGGAAAAGAAUAAAGACACAGUUUAUGAAGAGCAAAUUAAGGUCCUAAAAUCAAGUAAGAAGUUUAAGCUACUACCAGAGUUAUUCCAGGAUGAGGAGAAGGUCCUCAGUCCUACAUCAGCAACCCCUUCAGGGCGUGUGCCUCUGUCUCGAAUGCCUAUCAAACCUGCCAAGGCCAGGCCGGGUCAGGCCAGCAAGGAGCAUAAGAAAACUGUGGGACAUCAGUUUCGAAACUCUCUUCAUCUGCUGAUGGAAACCCUGAAUGCUACAACUCCACACUACGUGCGCUGUAUUAAGCCAAAUGACUUCAAGUUUCCGUUCACGUUUGAUGAAAAGCGGGCAGUGCAGCAGCUGAGAGCUUGUGGUGUCCUGGAGACCAUCCGAAUCAGUGCUGCUGGCUUCCCCUCCAGGUGGACGUACCAAGAGUUCUUCAGCCGUUACCGGGUUCUGAUGAAGCAGAGAGAUGUCCUUGGUGACCGAAAGCAGACGUGUAAAAAUGUCCUGGAGAAGCUGAUUCAGGACAAGGAUAAGUACCAGUUUGGUAAGACAAAAAUAUUUUUCCGGGCUGGUCAAGUAGCCUACCUAGAAAAAAUAAGGGCAGAUAAGUUGAGAGCUGCCUGUAUCCGCAUCCAAAAGACAAUCCGAGGCUGGCUGAUGAGGAAGAAGUACAUGCGUAUGAGGAAGGCUGCCAUCACCAUCCAGAGACAUAUCAGAGGGUACCAGGCACGAUGCUAUGCCAAGUUCCUGCGGAGAACACGAGCUGCCAUCACCAUUCAGAAGUUCCAGCGCAUGUAUGUGGUCCGCAAGAGAUACCAGUGCAUGCGAGAUGCUACUAUUGCUCUUCAGGCCCUCCUAAGAGGUUACAUGGUCAGAAACAAGUACCAGAUGAUGCUGCGGGAGCACAAGUCUGUGGUUAUCCAGAAGCACGUGAGGGGCUGGCUGGCCCGGCGGCGCUACCGCCGCACGCUGAGGGCCAUCGUGUACCUGCAAUGCUGCUACCGCCGCAUGAUGGCCAAGAGGGAGCUCAAGAAGCUGAAGAUAGAGGCCCGCUCCGUGGAGCGCUACAAGAAGCUUCACAUUGGCCUGGAGAACAAGAUCAUGCAGCUGCAGCGAAAAAUCGAUGAGCAGAACAAAGAGUACAAAUCCCUGCUGGAGAAGAUGAACAACCUGGAGAUCACGUACAGUACAGAGACGGAGAAGCUGCGGAGCGAUGUGGAGAGGCUUCGGAUGAGUGAGGAGGAGGCCAAGAACGCCACCAACCGUGUCAUCAGCCUCCAGGAGGAGAUUGCCAAGCUCCGCAAGGAGCUGCACCAGACCCAGUCGGAGAAGAAGAGCAUUGAGGAAUGGGCAGACAAAUAUAAGCAUGAAACUGAGCAGCUGGUAUCAGAGCUGAAAGAGCAGAACUCAUUACUGAAAACAGAAAAAGAGGACCUGAACCGCCGCAUCCAUGACCAGGCGAGGGAAAUAACAGAGUCGAUGGAGAAGAAGCUGGUGGAGGAGACAAAGCAGCUGGAGCUGGACCUGAAUGAUGAACGGUUACGGUACCAGAACCUGCUGAAUGAGUUCAGCCGCCUGGAGGAGCGCUACGAUGAUCUCAAGGAUGAAAUGAACCUGAUGGUGAGCAUCCCCAAGCCUGGGCACAAAAGAACAGACUCAACUCACAGUAGCAAUGAAUCUGAAUAUACUUUCAGCUCUGAGAUCACAGAAGCAGAAGACUUACCACUAAGGAUGGAGGAGCCUAGUGAGAAAAAAGCAGCGCUGGACAUGUCUCUGUUCCUCAAGCUGCAGAAACGGGUUUCAGAACUGGAGCAGGAAAAGCAGUCCCUGCAGGAUGAACUGGACAGAAAGGAGGAACAGGCUCUCCGUGCUAAAGCUAAGGAGGAAGAAAGGCCUCCCAUAAGAGGUGCAGAGUUGGAGUAUGAGUCACUCAAGCGUCAAGAGCUUGAAUCUGAGAAUAAAAAGCUGAAGAACGAGUUGAAUGAGCUGCAGAAGGCCCUCACAGAGACACGAGCUCCAGAGGUGACUGCUCCUGGUGCCCCAGCAUACAGAGUCCUCCUGGACCAGCUGACCUCGGUCAGUGAAGAGCUUGAAGUACGCAAGGAAGAAGUUCUCAUCCUGAGGUCUCAGCUUGUUAGCCAGAAGGAGGCAAUUCAGCCCAAGCAUACAAUGACAGAUGCUACAAUCCUCUUGGAGGAUGUACAGAAGAUGAAAGACAAAGGAGAAAUAGCACAGGCAUAUAUUGGUCUGAAGGAAACAAACAGGCAAUCUCCCCAGGACUAUCAUAUGCUGAAUGAGGACGGAGAACUUUGGCUGGCUUAUGAAGGGUUAAAACAAGCCAACAGGCUGCUGGAGUCCCAGCUUCAGUCGCAGAAGAAGAGCCACGAGAAUGAGCUGGAAUCGCUGCGAGGUGAGAUCCAGAGUCUGAAGGAGGAAAACAAUCGGCAGCAGCAGCUCCUGGCCCAGAACCUGCAGCUGCCUCCCGAGGCCCGCAUUGAAGCCAGUCUGCAGCAUGAGAUCACCCGGCUGACUAAUGAGAACUUGUUUUAUGAGGAGUUGUAUGCAGAUGAUCCCAAGAAGUAUCAGUUGUACCGGAUUUCCCUUUACAAGCGGAUGAUUGAUUUAAUGGAGCAGCUGGAAAAGCAGGACAAAACUGUUCGCAAGUUAAAGAAGCAGUUGAAAGUAUUUGCUAAGAAGAUCGGUGAACUCGAAGUGGGCCAGAUGGAGAAUAUAUCACCUGGACAAAUCAUUGAUGAACCUAUUCGUCCGGUUAACAUUCCACGGAAAGAAAAGGACUUCCAAGGGAUGUUGGAAUAUAAGAAGGAAGAUGAACAAAAACUUGUCAAGAAUCUUAUUUUAGAGCUGAAACCACGUGGGGUAGCUGUCAACCUGAUUCCAGGACUACCAGCAUAUAUUUUGUUCAUGUGUGUGCGCCAUGCAGAUUACCUUAAUGAUGACCAGAAAGUGCGGUCGUUGUUGACUUCCACUAUCAAUGGCAUCAAAAAAGUGUUAAAGAAAAGAGGCGAUGACUUUGAAACAGUUUCCUUCUGGCUGUCGAACACCUGUCGAUUUUUGCACUGCUUGAAGCAGUACAGUGGAGAAGAGGGGUUCAUGAAGCAUAAUACACCUCGUCAAAAUGAACACUGCCUCACUAAUUUUGAUUUAGCUGAAUAUAGACAAGUACUGAGUGACUUGGCUAUUCAGAUCUACCAACAACUUGUCCGAGUGUUGGAAAAUAUUCUGCAGCCAAUGAUUGUUUCAGGAAUGCUGGAGCACGAGACCAUCCAAGGUGUCUCGGGGGUGAAACCGACAGGGCUGCGGAAGAGAACAUCCAGCAUUGCUGAUGAAGGCACCUACACCUUGGACUCCAUCAUCCGGCAGCUGAACUCCUUCCACUCGGUGAUGUGUCAGCAUGGAAUGGACCCAGAGCUGAUCAAACAGGUGGUCAAGCAGAUGUUCUACAUCAUCGGGGCUGUAACGCUCAAUAACCUUCUCCUGCGCAAGGACAUGUGCUCGUGGAGCAAGGGAAUGCAGAUAAGAUACAAUGUGAGUCAACUGGAAGAAUGGCUACGUGAUAAAAAUUUGAUGAAUAGUGGUGCUAAGGAAACCCUGGAACCUCUCAUCCAGGCUGCACAGUUGCUGCAGGUAAAGAAGAAAACAGAUGAAGAUGCAGAAGCCAUUUGUUCAAUGUGCAACGCACUGACUACUGCCCAGAUUGUAAAAGUUCUGAAUUUGUAUACUCCAGUUAAUGAGUUUGAAGAGAGAGUCUUGGUGUCAUUUAUACGUACAAUACAGGUGCGUCUGCGAGACAGGAAGGACUCUCCUCAGUUGCUCAUGGAUGCUAAACACAUCUUCCCUGUUACUUUUCCGUUUAAUCCAUCCUCUCUGGCUUUAGAAACCAUUCAGAUCCCAGCCAGCUUGGGCCUGGGUUUCAUAUCACGUGUCUGAUCGCAAGGAUGUCCCGUCAGUGUUAGAUGGAGAACUGGUUGCCUGAUCUCUGUACCUGUUCAAACAUAGUGAGCCACUAAACCCACCUUUUCUGAACAGCCUGUCUAAGCCCAGAUGUGUAGUUGAGGUAGCUGGAAACUGCACAGCAGCACCACAGGCUGAAUGCUCCUAGGAAGAUGUGCAUUUGUGCUCGGUCAUUGCAUUUAUGAGGACAUCACUGAUUCAUACAUUUCCAGAGUAUGGAAAUCGGGCUUGGACAAAAAUUGUGUCUUCAGCUGUCUAGAGACAUUUUUAGAUCUUUAGUAACAUAUUUAAAUAGUGUAAAUUAAAAUCCAUAUGUAAUCUUCUCAUGGGUGGGGACCAAUAGGGACAGUCACAGUUCCUGGACAUGGAAGACUUGAAAGUAAGGCAUUUUGUAGUAGAAUACACAGUCACGUGGGAGCCUGUUACAUUUAAUUUGUAAAAACUGGAAUGGAAAAACACAAACUGGCAAUAUAUAAAGUUAUUUCUUAAACCACUUCCUCAUUCAUGUCAGUUUGAAAUAAACUGUAGUGGUAAGUCUUAUAGCUCACUAUAUGCUCUUAGGUGUUCAUUUGUUAGAACUGUGGUUUACCAAGCAAACUGAAUCGCUGCUGCAUAUUCUGUUGUUUUAAAUGUGUGACAGUAUCAUACUAAGCACUAAAAAUAAGAUACUUCAUUUUUUGUUGUCAACCUUAUUUACAGUCUGUUGCAGUCUGUUAUUUUAACUGGAUUUUUGCACAUUGUAUCAAGUAACACCUGUAGAGGAAAACGGUAACUAAGCACAAGUAGCACACUGGAAAUUAUAUGUUUAGUUAUUUUUAAAAGUAGUUAGUUUAAAAUACAGAAUCUUGAAGCAAACUAUGAGAAGUCAGUAAUGAUUUUAAGUAUUUAUUAAGGUUAUAGAGCCUGUCUAAUGUUGUUCUUUGUAGACCCCAGAGAUGACGAUGUGUAUUUUGAGUAUAAUGUCUUGGGCUUUUGCCACUUAAAAAAAAAAAAUCAAACCAGAGAAAAGUCUUCUUUCACACUGGAAUAUGUGAGGAAAAACUUUAAUAGAAAAAAUCUGCAUAGCCCAAGGCUCUCAUUCUUAGAAAGGUUGACUAACAAGAAAGUUAAGUAGGUUUUGACUAUGAUGCUGUCACUUGACUAUGAUUCAUGCCGAUUUAAUAGUUGGAAAUCAGAGUGCAUAAUGAUAAACUGAGUUAUUUUGAAUGUUGCACAUUUUACUGGAAAGAUUUUUCUGUCUCACACAUUUUGAGUCUGCUAUAUAAAAUUCACAUUUCACAGUGUGGGGCAUGAGCACAGAAGCCUCGCGUAAGGUUCCAGUUCUGUGGUGUAUGUCUCAAAUAUACAUGUAAAAAUAAAGCCACACACAUUGCUCAGUUGCAUUGUGCAAUAUUUUUAAUGUAUUAUAAUAAUCUGCAUCUUAGUGUUAACAUUAAUUUAUUUUACAAUAUUGAUAAAUAACCUAGAGGUACACUAUUAGACUGUUCGGUGCUCCUCUGUUUGCCUGCAGAUUCACAGAGAAAAGAUUUGCUGUUAAGCAGACUGAAACAUUUCAGUUUUGUUUUACUUGAGAGGCAGACGUGCUGUUUGUAUGGUUGCUAAAGUUGGAAAUAAAGACAACAUAAACUUU